AUGUUUUCCAAGACAGUUGGUAGUCAAAUUUCCAUCAAUGAAAAUUCACACAUUGAGUUGUUUGAUACUUUCAGCUUUAAAAUAUCUAAAUAUUACUGCAAAAUAUCGAGUUCAACACAACGAAUUAAUUUUGUAUCAAAAUCAUUUGAAUCGACAAGAGAAUUUGUUGCUGAUAAUCGAAGUACAAUUCAAACAGAAAAUCUCAUUUUAACUUUGACAAACACAUUUAAAGUCUCCACAGAUAGAACAAUCAAAGAUCUUCCACUCUUUUUCGUAUCGAAUACAACUACAAUAACUGGGUUUGUUGCUUUUCAACAUGAUGGUGAAUUCGACUUUUUGUACACAAACAACACUCUUGACGCGUCAUUAUACACAACCCCAUUCAAAGUACUUUUAGAAGGUCACCUAUUACGGUAUGGUACGUCAGAUAAGAUAUAUUGUCAUGUGAACCACACUGAAGGCACACGAGAUCCAUAUUACAUCGAAAAUUAUUGCCCACUCACUGAUGCAUACAUCACACCAAUUGACACCUUUUAUCAAAUGAAAGUCAAAGUAGAUGCGCCCAAACAGAAUUCAAAUGUAAAAAAUGCAGAAAACGAAGAAAAUGUAAUUGUAAUUGGAAACCAAAAAUACGAUUUGUCACUCACUGAAUUUAUUGAGAUUGAGAUGGUGUCUGACAAACAAGUAAAUUUAGAUAAUUUCACAAUAACAAAAAACGUUUUUCUCGUUGCGGCGAAUGGGUUUGUAUACAACAACAUGUUUUGCAAGUCGGGGCACUUCCAAAACGGCAUUUUCAUCUGUCAAAAUCAUUUACAAUGUUCUGGGGGUGGUAAAAUGGCUGAUGGAAGAUGUGCAGCAUGUCAAGUCACAAAUUGUGUGAUGUGUGAUGGCAACAAAGGUAAUUGCAUAAAAUGUAAAGAGAAAUUGACAUACAAUACCAAUACAAACAAGUGUGAAGAAUGA